AUGGAGACUAUUCUCCGCGCGGAGGCGGAUCCUAUCCAGCUCCCCGCAAGCGAAGACCGUUCUACUACAUCGAAAGCAGAGUUGAAGAAACACUCGGCUUCCAGUAAAAUCAAGCACUCACUUUUGCAGCGUAUGGCUGAAGGUCGUGACGUUGAUAUUGAUAGCACCUCGGCAGCCGCGCUCGAAAGUGAUUACAAGAACACUUUUUGUUAUUUAUGUCGUAUCGAUUUCUCUUCUUCUAAAGGACUCUAUCUCCACAACGUAAAACAACAUUCCGAAGGCGAAGUGCAAUGCGAUGUCUGCUACAAACCCCUCAAAAAUCGUAUCACCUUGAUGAAAGACAAAAAGUUGCACUUGGGAGCCGAAGAUAUGCACUGCCUUUGCACCGAAUGUGGACGCCCUUUCAAGGUUGACAACUUUUUUUAUAAUUAA